AUGACGAAUCAAAAUUGUAUUGGUUGGUUGUAUUACGUGCAGCUACGUUUCGUGCGCGUGUGUGCGUAGCUUUUCCCGGAGGUCCAACAGAUACAGCAGCCGAAGAAGAUGUUGGUCCUGGUGUUAGGCGAUCUGCACAUUCCACACCGGUGCAACACACUACCGGCCAAAUUCAAGAAGCUACUGGUGCCGGGGAAGAUUCAACACAUUCUCUGCACCGGCAAUUUGUGUACCAAGGAGAGCUAUGACUACCUGAAAACACUGGCAGGGGAUGUUCACAUUGUCAGAGGGGACUUUGAUGAGAACCUGAAUUACCCUGAACAAAAGGUGGUAACAGUGGGUCAGUUCAAAAUCGGCCUGAUCCACGGGCACCAAGUAAUUCCCUGGGGCGACAUGGCCAGCCUGGCGCUGCUGCAGAGGCAGCUGGACGUGGACAUUCUCAUCUCUGGGCACACACACAAAUUUGAGGCCUUUGAGAAUGAGAACAAGUUUUACAUCAACCCAGGGUCAGCCACAGGGGCCUACAAUGCACUGGAAAGCAACAUUAUACCGUCUUUCGUCCUGAUGGACAUCCAGGCGUCCACAGUUGUCACGUACGUGUACCAGCUCAUCGGCGACGACGUCAAAGUGGAAAGGAUCGAGUACAAGAAAUCUUAAACGGGCCGUGCCACAAGGGUACCAGCCUUCAGUGAGAAGAGCCAGAGGUGCCAGCAUCAAGGAUGCUCGUCAGUCCAUUCCUUUCUAUCUGCAGCUCCACAACAUCGCAACAAUGUCAGUUCUGUACUAUAAAUAUUCACCAUUUGGUCGAGAAAAGAAAUGUAAUAUACUGUUUAUAUAUGUGAAAGUCGACAGCGCUCGCUUGCAUUUCGUCUUGUCAACUGACUGCUGUAGAGAAUGCAAUAAUGGCAGGUUAAUUGCAUUAUGUCUUCAAGGAUGUACUGUGGUGCCACUUUUUGUAUUUUUAGUUAUUUACAUAUUAUUUCUAUGUCCUGUCAAUAACUUGGGCUUUCAGAUAUUAGGCCUUCCUCCUACUCACACACCCUCUUCUUUGUAAAAUCAUGUGUCCCUAUAAUAAAUCUACAGACAUCAGUAAA